AUGGGGUACAUCCUGCGCAUCAAAGAUAAAUCUGUGGCACAGCCAGACCACCAGAAAAGCUGGCAUUUUAUCAAGAAUGCCUUGGGAGCUUUGACCGAGAUUUGCCUCGGUGCACCUGAUCUGUGGGCCGUCCAGGCACUGAUUGGAAUGACAUUCUUCCUCCUAGGCACUCAAAGCGCUCAACCUUGCAGCUUCUUGAUCUCCACUGCCAUCAAUAUUGGUCAUCAAAUUGGACUUGAGAGGACCGAUGCAUACAGUUCGGCAUUAGAUCCUGAAGAAUUGGAGCAACGGCGGAGAAUAUUCUGGAUUUCAUACUGUAUUGAUCGAGAGAUCUCUCUUCGAUUUGGGUGCGUUCCUUCACAGAGGGACGAAGACAUCACGGUAAAUCUACCGACUGAAUUCCCUGCCGAUAAAGUUGGCCUAGUGCCCACGAGAGAUGACCGAGAAAGUUUUAACGUAUUCCGAUCCUGUUGCGAACUUGCCGUGAUCAAGGGUCACGUUUACAAGCGCCUCUACUCGGCUGCAGCGACGGACCGACCUCUCGCCCAGACAGUAGCUGCGGUUGCCUCGCUGGAUGAGGAACUCCAAAGAUGGAAAGCAGCCAUCCCGUCUGAGUAUCAACCGGACUCUCGGCUCCCUUUGCUAUUACCCCAAUCACCGGAGCUUGGGCUCCUUCUCCUAGCGCACUACUCAUACUUCAAUUGCAUCAUUUCAAUGCAUCACCUUAUCGUCACCCGGGAGCUCAUCAAGGGGAUGGACCUGACACAGAAAAUCGGCCUCUCCACGUUACCAACUCCACCGUCAAAUCAAAACGUAUUCAUGUCGGCGUCACUCUGCGCCCGAGCCGCGAGAGACUCGAUCCAUCUGAUGAAGUACAUGCCGGAGGGAAACAUCUCUAUCAUCGGAAUCCUCAUCCAUUACACGAUGGUCGCGUCGAAGACCCUCUCCUUCGGCAUCCUGCGCAACCCCAACGAAGCUUCUCGAGUCUAUGACGUGAAAUUAAUAGCCCAGGUGGAAACGUUCCUCUCGUCUCUCAUUCUAAGCACCCCUAAUGAAGGAGUAAAGCGGUUAGUUCAGUACUGCGCUCGGUACCGCUCCGUCGCGGAGGCCGCAAUCAAGCAGGCCGAGCAAGAGACUCAACAUUGA